AUGGGCGGCAGCGGCGAUUACCUCGGACUGGCCGAUGCAGUGAUCUGCAUGGACAGCUACCGCGUCCUGGAUCUAACUCAGCGCGCCCGGGACAUCGCGGCGGCCCACGACCGCGCGGCCGCCGGCGCGGCGCCCUCCGCACCCGCGGCCCCGCCGGCCCCGGCCGGAGGCCUCAGCAGCAGCAGCGGCGGCGGCGGCGGCGGCGGCAGCGGCGGCGGCGGGCGCUCGGUGCAUAUCCCUGGGUACGGCCCCGUGGCGCAGCGGGCGCCGGCGGCGGUGUAUUCGGAGGGGCCCGACGGUUUGAAGGUGGCGGCACGGGCGCUGGGGCUGAUCAGCUACGGCAGCCAGGAGGUCCAGCUGUCGGCUGUGGAGCAGCUGGUGGACCGCUCCCAGACGCGGGCGAUCGCCGACGCCCUCAAGUGGCUGCACGCGCGCGUCGCACGCGGCAGCGGCGGCGGCGGGCGGCGGACGCUGACUCAGCUGCUGGCUGAGCUGGAGGCCGAGUUGGACCAAAAGGGCCUCGACGCCCUGUCGCCGCGGCAGCUGCUGGGCAGCUACGCGCGGCCGCGGCGCUUCGAGGUCGCGGCGGCGCUAAACCGGAUAAGGACGCUGCAAGUCGCGUGA